AUGGGUUUGUCAGAUUCUCCUGGUCCCGUGAUUGGGCAUGGAUUGAACAGCCCCGACCUGCUCGUGCGAGAGGCCUACCGCAUGGCCUAUGACUACAUCGAUUACGUCACGGCCAAACCCGGGACACCCCUCGCUCCGCCUCCCAGCCCCGCGGCCGCCGCGCUCCGGCACGCCGGAGACGAGCUCCUAACCCGGUUUCCGAUUUUUUUCCGCCGCUGGCCGCGCGUCUUCCACGACGUGACGGAAGAGUCGGCCUGCCCUACUCUCACGGCCAUCCUGGACGAACAUUUUGCUCCAACCACCCCCAGGGGGCGCAGGAGGGACCUGGCAUGGAGCGCCGUGCUGUCCAUAUUUGUGUUGGCUGGGCAGAUGGCGCUACACUGCCAGAAAAGGGGGAUGCACGCCGUUCUGCCCCAGCUACAGGAGUGCGUGGGUGGGUACGUGGAGAGGGUCAUCUGCCCGGAAAUUCGGGACAAAGGAGGUUGGUCUGGUUUUAUUUCCCGUUUUGGGGAGAAGCAGAAUUUGGAGAGUCAAGUGAAAAAGGCCUGUUGUUGGACUUUGGUACUAUUGACAAUUGGUAUCCUCUCGUACUUCUUGUGGAAACGAACCGUAAGUUAA